CUUUGGAUAUCAAAACCCUCUGUUUCGAUCCAUUAUUUCUUCACACGGAGGAGCGACAGGAGGCGUUUGAACUCCAAGAUGGUACAGAGGCUCACCUACCGAAAGCGGCAUAGCUAUGCCACCAAAUCCAACCAGACGAGGGUCGUCAAAACCCCUGGUGGGAAGCUCGUCUACCAGACAUCUAAGAAGAGGGCUAGCGGGCCCAAGUGUCCUGUUACCGGAAAGAGGAUCCAAGGGAUUCCUCACUUGAGACCCGCUGAAUACAAGAGGUCCAGACUAUCUAGGAACCGGAGGACUGUAAACCGUGCAUAUGGUGGAGUUUUGUCAGCCGGUGCUGUGAGGGAGAGAAUCAUUCGGGCCUUUCUAGUGGAAGAACAAAAGAUUGUGAAGAAAGUAUUGAAGAUCCAAAAGGCAAAGGAAAAGCAAGCCUCAAAGAGUUAGAGCGAUGAUGAUGAUAUCUGGUGUUAGGUUCAGUUAAAUUUUGACUUGUUACUGAUUACAUUGGCAAGUUUGUUUUGAAUUUGGAAGAUGAGUAUUUUUGUCCGAGGUUUUGUGACUGGAUUCUUGCCCUCUGAGAAAUGUUUGUUUUAAGAAGUUUGUUUCUUGCUUAGACAUCUGUUAUUUAUUUUUCUGGAAUGCUCGUUUGAUAAUAUAUUGUUAGUUCACUUCCAUCAA